AUGGCCUCGCACAAUCACAAGAGAGCUGGAGUCCUUGUAGCACGAAGUAAGCGAACAGGCGAGAGAUAUCCUGUACGCACAUCUCACCUUGCCGGAGCAUACAACAGCCCGGCCAUACAGGGUUGGCAUGCUGACCGGCUACAUUAUCUCGGAAACAGCAAGUGGGAUGUUUGUCGAUGUAACAGAUCCAGUCAUUCCAGUCACAGACAAGUCCACAAUGAGGAAAUAGAAGGACUUUGCCAUCAUUUCUUCCUGAUGCAUACAACAGAGACCAUAUGCAGCCGGGAGCAGUGGCGAGCGGUCGAGACCGAGACAGUAAAGGUGCCAAAGAGGUCGUCAACACAGAAAAUGGACAACUAUCAAUCGGUAAAUAGAUGGACAUAUAGUAAGAAGGAGCCUUUCGAGUAUGACUCGUCCUCGGUGGGAGAACUGUUGGCAGUCCGCGACCGUCGAUCUCUUGGGUCUGGUAUAAUCCGUUCAAACACAACACAGAGUGCCCGGUCUUCGCGUUCAAGACCACUUUCGCUCGAUCUGAAUGGCAAGCGUCGUUUGAGCCACGGAACCGACGGUGAGGCAGAUAUCCCGGAGAAUGUAUGGCGGUUAAGUCGACCAUCCGUGUAUAUAGGCAUCCACAACACCGAGUCUAUACUGAGCACCCCACUUGGCUCUUCCGUUAAACCAGCGGCGCAAGGGACCUAUUUCAAGCCCUCGACGCAAAAUCCUUGGUACUCAACACAUGAGCUGAGUGCAAGGACUGGAGAGGUAAGAUCUCGUGUCGACUCUUGGUAUGGUCUUGCGCAUAGUCCUGGGGCAUUCGCACUGGACAGCGCUUCCGGGGGCUCAGAUCAACAAACGGCAUGCUACCCUCGCCACAAGACUGGCUACUUCAACACAGCCUGCGGCAUUAAAGGUCCGCAGAUGAGCUCUAGCGAAAGACCUAGACGCUCGACAGGGGGCUCUGUCGCUGCAAAUACUGACUCUGACCACGUAGUAGAGUUACCGUCCUCAAAGACAGCGGUGGAGCUCGAUACUAUCAUAACUCACUCUUCGUCACACAAUUCACUCAGGUUACGAGAAUUGGAAGACCGCCGCGUGGAAAACGUCAGCGAAUUGGCCGGCCCCAAGCCCACUGUGCCGUCGAUGACGUGUAAGAGAAGGACUUCACCGCGCUGACUCACCCGUCUAUCGAAU